AUGGACCAAAAGGGCAUCAUCGAGCGACGCCUCCCCAACGCCGUCAUCUACAACCUCACCCAGCCAAACCAAGUCACAAUCACUCUCCCCCCAAAAUCAACAUGGUCGAGCGGCCUGCACUGGCACGAAACCCACACCGAGUACCUCAAAGUCAUCAAAGGCAGCAUAAAAGUCCGGCUCGGAGACGUCGAACAAACUAUCACGGCGAGCAGUACCAACCAGCCCGAGAUUACCGUCGAGCGAUAUGCCUGGCACGAAUGGCAGCGCGCAGACUUGGACGGCGAGGAAGUCGUCGUGAUUGAGCGUACGGAUCCGGAAGACGGUGAAAAGGCGCUCUUCUUCUGGAACUUGAAUGGCGUGAUAUUGGAUGCUGGGAGGGUUAUCGGGACGAAUGUGCCUGGGUUCGCAUUCUUCCCUUCCAAGAUCAAGGAUCUCAUCAUUGAUUUCUGGAUCACGCUGAACCUCUUCAUCGUGUUUCACUCGCUGGACAACUUCCCUGUCAUCUUGAGCACGACGAGGUUCUGGAAGGGAAAGCCUUCGCGCGGGCUGUCGGCGGAUUGGUUUGUGUCUCAUUUGCUGCUUUCGCUUGCAGCUCUGGCAGGCCGUGUCUUUGGGUUGAGGGCUGUGAGAUCGGAGUAUACGCCUGCUCCGCAGUACAACCGCUGGAAAGAGCAUCAUCAUAUCGACAAGUCAAGAUAG